GCAGUGCGCAUGUAGUGGUGAACGCUGCUUGACAAGCGCUUCAUCCGGAGGGGAACGCGUCAGUUUGCUGCAAAAGUGGUACGCCAGCAGCGGAAUUAUUGUUCCGCAAGCAAUAACACAGCAUUAUUGUACGGUUUUUGUUUAUCUAGCUUUUACCUUCGACCGUGCAUGCAACACAGCAUCGUUGGCCGUGGUUUUAAGCCGUACAGCAUACAACAAGGGCAACACAUUGCUUGGCAUCGAUAGUAGCAGCUUGCAGCUUUUUGGGCCCGCUUUUGUGUGCAAUCCGUGUUUGGUGCAAGUUAAUUUCUUACCUGUACACCAACGACCGGAAGCCAAAACCGUCGUGCGUGCACAAAGAGCUGCUGCUCGUCCUUUGGCACUACAGAGGUCCGAAAGGCUCCGGCUGACGAUUCUUGACUCAAUUUUACCCGUAGCUGAGCAGGCAGUCCUGCGUACGAACCAGCACUCCGUAUCCGCAACACAACCAUGUCCGUCGACUGGAAGCGUGACGCGACGGAAGUGCUGAUCGCGUCGUACAGAAAGCAUCCCGUACUGUACGAUAUGCGCCAUCCGCGCUACUACAACAAACCCGUCCGCCGGGCGGCACUCGAGAUGAUAGUGGAGGACGUGCGGCAGGAGCGACCGGAAACAACGAUGAAGGAGAUCGUGCGCAAGAUACAGACGUUGCGUACCCAGUUUGGCCAGGAGCUGACGAAAAUACGGCGCCACGCGCAGAAAGGUUCGGUGUACCGGCCGACGGUCUGGUGGUAUCAGGGGCUUAACUUCCUGCAGCACCACAUCAAGCCGCGCACCGGUGGCAACUGUUCGCAGAGUGACAUCGACAGCUGGAAGCAGGAACAGGACGAUAGCAGCAGCACGUACAACGUAUCGAUCGUACGCAACGGUGGUUCGGUGUCUCCGAGCGAACAUCACGGUAUCGAUUCCGGGGAGGAGGAGGUGGAGUACGAGACGGAGGUACACUACGAAAUCAAUUCGAUCGACAUGAAGGAUAUGAAGGCGCUGGAACUGAAACCCAUCAUACCUGCCGGUUCCGGGGCACUCAAGCGCGAAGGUCGGUAUGUGGAUCGUGACGAUCGGAAGGCGGCCCGGUUGUCGGCCACCGUUGAAAGGGAUGAUCCGGUAUCGCACCGCACAGAACUGUCGCCGGUUCCGUCCACCGCGGAACCGGCCCCGAAUGUGGUACCGGCACAAGGUAAGGCCACAUCGGGUGAGCUGAAAUCGUUCGCCUGGGGUAGUCAGAUGGGCAGCGAGCGGCACACCAGCCUGGGUCACUUUGUGGGCUCGCAGAUGAGCAGCCUGAAGGACGAUUAUAUCUACUACGAGACACAGAGCGAAAUACUGACCAUUAUGAACCGGGGCAUACUGCGUCAGCUAGCGUUGGACAAGAAAAACAAUGCCAAGGCCGAUCAAGCCAACCAGGAAACCAGUAGAGAGAAGAAGAAGAGUGAAUAACGGCAAUGAAGGGGGUCUUGCGAGCUACGGGGCCCAUCUGGGACAAACGCGAUCGGAUCUUUGGUCCCUGGUAAAGUGCAUUAAAGAGCAGCAGUACAAACACGUGCGCGUGUAGAUUGAACAGUCGAGUGUAUAGCGAGGAAGCGAACCGCUUUAUCCGUUACGUGUAAGCAUUAGAUGGGAGAGUACCUUUAAGUCAUGAAAGUUAAGAACAAAAAUUCUUAAGACAACAGUCGAAGAAACAUAAGCAUAAUCCCCUAAACUAAAGCUAUAGAAUCAUAUAGAAAAUCAAGUUAACGAACGGAAGGGCCUCAUCAACCACUUCCCCAAUCCGGAUACUGUGUACAGAAAUGUGUAUUUUUACUUUAAAUUUUUCAAUAAACAAAAACUUUUCUUAAACAUA